AUGAGAUAUGCCAGUACUGGUGAAGUUGUGUUUUUAGAAAAGCAGUCACUUUUUGGUGUUGCAACAUUCAUUAGUAUUAUAGCUUAUACUAUCGGUAUGUAGGAGGAGCGAGUGUGACAGAUCUGUUAUUUCCAAGGAGUGAUACGAUAGUACCUAGUUAAAAGUUGAAAUCAGUUUCACUGUAAAUGAUCGGUAUGGAUUAUCCGAGAUUCAUUGUUGGAAAGGACGGUAUCUAAAUAUGAAUAACGAUUUCGUAGUCAAGAUCUAAUUUCUCUUUGGAUUCUGACUCUGAAUAGAUCUGAAGUUACACUGCCACGUGAUGUUAUAUUAGUAUUUCAAGGUGUAGUCAGGGGAUUAUUUUAUUACUGAUACUUUUAGACCUGAGGAUAAGCUAAUCCUUCAUAAUUCAAGAAACAAUUUGCAAUUAUUAUAUAAGAAUUAGUUUCUACCAAACACAUUCUGGAAAAUGGAUCAGGAACUCUAUGCACGUUUGUACUCGUAAAGGCUCCCAACCUAACCUGAUAAAGGGUUUAUUAAGGUUGUACAUACACGAUUCAUUUGAUCACCUUUAGCCGGGCAUCCGAUGUAUAAGAUCGGAGUCCAUUCGAGGCUAUCAUUAGUUAAAUUACAAGAUUGCAGUACAUCCAAAAAUUCCCAGAAAUAGUUAACUUAAAAACAGAUAUUUUGUGUUCCACCGACCAAUAAAUAGAUGAUCAAAAACCAGACAACUAACUGUACUGAAGAACGACAAUGACCCCGAAACAUAAAAUGUGUUCGCCUACCAUACUACUCCGAAGAAGCUCGGGUAGAAAACAAAAGUAUUCCAGUUGCAUAGAUUGUAGUCACUUUCUAAUGUCGAGGUGAAAUAGAGUAAGACAUACAGGUAAUUACCAUUAGGAACCUUGAACGUCUCAGUUUUGCAAUAGGAGUGUAAUGUUACCUGAUUACAAUCAAUUUAAACCUGCCACAGCCAGUUGGAAUAAUUUGUUUAAUCAUUAAAUUUUCAACAUUUACCAA